AUGUCACAUUCUCCGCGGCAGUCGAAUUGCACAGAUGACUUGCAGCUUACUCGCCUUCGUGAUAACAAGCGCCGCAGUAGGCAACGAAAGAGAGAUUACACUGCAAGUCUUGAGACCAAAUUGCAAGAACUCCAGUCACGAGGCGUGCAGGCCAGUCAAGAGGUUCAGCUUGCUGCAAGGAAAGUAGUAGCAGAGAACGCGAGAUUACGAGCCUUACUAAGACAUGUUCACGUCAAUGAGAAGAUGAUUGAGACAUGGUCCCCUAAUGACGACGUUACCUCAGGCUCUCCAUUCUUGCCUACGGAGCCGACUGCUGUUCAGAAAGAACACACACUAUCGUGCCCUGGGGUCCGUCAGUCGAGUUGUAGUCGAAAGGAACUUGACAAGAAGGGGGGAUGCCAGGACAUUGACAAGACAACUAACUUGGUAAUACCUCAUUGCAAAGUCCUCACCCGACUUGCGCAGGACCCCAGUACGGAUGUCACUCAAUCUAUGCAAGAGGAUGACAUGAUUGAAGAAGAAUCCGGGGGAGUUGAAUGCUCACGAGCGCACGCGAUGUUGAUGCAAUUUGCAACAACCGAAGAAAAGCUCGACGUCGUCUCUGAAGCACUGGAACAAGGUUGUGUAGGCAAGAAAGGUGGAGGCUGCAAAGUACUUAAUGAAGCUUUGUGGAAGGCGAUGGAUGAAAUCACCUAA